AUGUACGCCACUCAACGCACCUCCAAACAACCAUUUUCUGUUCCCCUCAUUCUCCUUUUUGCCGCCUGCGCGCUUCUCGCAUGUAUUCCUGGACAUCGCAACCCGACAAAGGUCUUCCUUCUCGUGACACUAUCUGCCAUCGCUUUCUACGUUAUUAGUCAAACCAACACGGGAGACCCAAUCAUAGACCUUGGACUGGGCUCUGCAAUACUCAUUCAAGUUGCCAACGCGCUCGAUUCACUGUACCUCACCGACCCUGACACGCUCGUCAACUUUGAGCAACCGGAAUCGGGAGGGCGUAUCACACAAAAGCCGCUCAAAGAACGCAUAAGGUGGGCGUUCUACCUGUAUACCAACAUACGGGGCAUCGGGUGGGCACACGAGCCUGCUUUCCUCCAUCCCGCACCAUCACGAAGCACACCGAUCCGCGCAUUUGUGAUCAGACGUCUAUUCUACGCCUUGCUCUGCGCUGCGGUAGAGUUCAUAUCGUACGUGCUCCUCGCAUCCAACCCUGCACUUAAUACGCCAGGGAAAGUCGCGUUUUCUGCCGCGCCGUUCCACUGGCGUGUAAUGGGCACGCUUGCAUUUGGAGGGGCCUCUUCGUCGAGGAUAUUUUGCGUGAGCUGCGUGGUUUCUGCCGUGGUAGUUGGACUGGGGUUCUCUACACCAGAGCGUUGGCCGAGCUUGUUCGGUUCACCCUUCCAAGCGUGGAGUGUGCGCCAAUUUUGGAGUAUGGCAUCAGAUGCUGAGAAAGGCACUUCCAAACCCACUUCCUCGCCCUCAUCUAAUUCCCCUCUGCAGACCCUCUCCAAGCUACUCCUCGUGCCAAUGGCCUUUGUCUUCUCCGGCAUUCUACACAUUGGGGGCGAGUGGAUGCUGCUCGGCUACCCAGGGUACGGCACGCUCACUUUCUUCUGCCUGCAAGGCUUGGGUGUCAGUAUAGAAGUUAUUGCUGAGAAGGUGUGGAUGCGGGUGUACGUGGGUGGGGCGAAGGAUAGUCAAAAGUCAAAGGUAGAUAAGCGAGCGGACCCAGUUAGAAAUGGGAGCGCAAGAAAUGGCAAGGCUAUCAACGGCGUGAACGGCAACGGCAACGGCAAGGAACAUACCAACGGCUUUAAAGAUCACCCUGCCCAGGGGGACCCGGCUCCCGCGCUUUGGCUGCGCGUCAUAGGCUUCCUAUGGACGCUCACCGUGUUCUCGUAUUCGGUGCCGUAUAUGAUCGACCCCCUUCUUGCGUUCGAUAUGUUUGUCGAUCCGCGGUUCGACUUGGGUAUGCUCGUGCGUGGACGGUAA